GGUUUGCGGCAUUUUGCGAAGGGUAUCUCUUCAAUUUCACAGUGGACAGGGAACGAGCAGCAGCAAAUGGCACACAUCUUCAUUGCUAUCUGCACUGGCGCUGUAGAUAAUCGGGUGACAAAGGCGGCAUCAUACCUCCUCAAUUUUAUCCAUUAUUCACAGUACCAGCGUCACACGUCAGAAACACUGGCUUUGAUGCAGCAGGCACUCGAUGGGUUCCAUGAAGUGAAGGACAUUUUUGUCGACUACUUGGUACGCAAGGAGUUCAAUAUUCACUCGCUUCUUCACUACGUGUCCGCAAUCCGAUCUCUUGGGACUGCGGAUGGCUACAACACAGAAUCACCUGAGUGGCUUCAUAUCGAGUAUGCCAAGAAAGCUUAUCACGUGAGCAACAAGAGAGACUAUGAGAUCCAGAUGACGAGAUGGCUUCAGCGUCAGGAUGCUGAAGAUGAGGAAGAGGGAAGCAAUGAUGAUGAGUAUGAGACACUUGCGGAAAUGCUUUGGGUGAGCCAUCUUGAAGACUCUGUCCGUAUUGCCCGCAGAUGUCCACACCCCAACCUACACCUUGCGGACCUGGAACAUGACUACAGUGCUGUUGACUUCCUGCCAGCGCUUUGUACUUUCCUUGUGGAGCACUAUCCUGACAUCAACGUUACCCUGAGCCACUUUGAUGUCUUCAACAUGUACAAGACAGCACUUGUGCCACUCCCCCCCAGUUACCAUUUCCCAGAUAACUCAUCUAGAUAUACAAGAAUCCAUGCUGUGCCAAUCCGUAGGAUGAGAGAUCCAAGGAAGGCAGACACCCCUGCUCACUUCGACACUGUCUUAGCAAUGGAAGAUCGCCGCGAGCGCCAACUGGAUCCUCACGGUAUGCGAGGUCUGCGCAUUGCUGAAGUACGUGUCAUCUUUACUCUACCGCCGGAGCUUGGUGGUGCACACCACCAAGAGCCGCUUGCCUACGUCCAUUGGUACCGCCCGCUUCAGUCCCUUGACCCCGUGACAACUAUGUAUAAGCUUGUGCCUUCGACGCACCAUGCAAGGCCAAACUUGUCGAUCAUUAGGGUGUCUGAUAUUUUGCGUACAUGCCAUCUUGCACCAAAAUAUGGAUCAGCAGCUGUUAGGAGUUCCUGGACCAGUACAAGUGGUUCAGACCUCUUAUUGAACAAGUAUAUUGACUUGCAGAUGUUUGAUAUGCUUUGUCCUCAUGUAUAUACAUAG